CUGGAGAAGCUCGCCACUGCCACUCUCCCAACCUCCCGAACGACAAUGAAGUUCACUACAUAUCUCUCGCUAUUGGCAACGGCUGCGUCCCAACAGGACACAACAGGGCUAAUUCAACUAUUGCGGAUGGACACAAAUGAGUCUAAGGAGCUGAUCAGAGAUGUGGUUAAUCCCUCAAGAUCAGCUCUGCUAGGCUUCAAAGGGACUUGUGAAGCGCCAUGGGAUGAAAUUGCCAUCACACAUUUGCAAGUUAUCACUAAGGUCGCUGCAAGGGAGCAUGUAAACGCAUAUAAGGAGCAAGCCAAAAUGAUAUCUGAAAUGCUCCGGUGGUUCCAAAGCCAGACGUCGUGGUUUUUAGAAGUAUUGUAUCGGGUUCUAGAUGACUUACGGGAACUGGCAGCUCGCGCGGAUGAAGAGAUAAUUGAGAAGGGCGAUCCGUCUAAACAAGCAGACUCGCUGGAGGAUGCUGCUCGCGUUAUCGGAAACUGCUUCUCGGCUUGCAUGACGGACCGUCUAAAUCAGCCAGACGUCUCAAGAAAAAAGGGUGUUUACUACAUAGCAGGGUUGGCUGUGAAAUGUUAUUUCCGGAUAAAUAAGACAAAUUUGGCGAAGAAUAUCAUCCGAGCAAUUGAUGCCAAUGCAGACACACUGCCGGCUUUUGAAACCUACCCUCGAUCUCAUCAAGUGACAUGGCGAUAUUACCUUGCGUUGCUCGAUUUCCUUCAAGAGGAGUAUGACAAAGCUGAGCGCGGCUUCGUAUUCGUAUUCUACAAUUGUCCCAAGCGAGCGAAGCGGAAUAAGGAACUCGCGCUCACCUACCUCAUCCCCAUACGACUGCUGAAAGGCAUUCUUCCUUCCCGCAGGCUUCUUAAUCGAUUCCCCAAACUUCAAGAGUUGUACAAGCCAUUCACAAGUGCUAUAAGAAAAGGCGAUAUUGAAGCAUUUGACACGAGACUCGCCUUGGCAGAACUCAGACUUGUAGAGGCGGGCGUGUAUCUUACCGUGGAACGGGCACGAGAAGUUUGUUUGAGCCGACUCUUCCGGAAGAUUUGGAUCGCCCUUUCAAGUCCGGAACCUGUAUCUCGAAUACCAAUAUCGUCAUUUCGGACUGCACUCAAAAUCAGCGGUCUCGACAUCUCUCAGGAGGAGGUCGAGUGCCUUCUGGCCAAUAUGAUCUACAAAAGCUAUAUUCGGGGCUAUCUCAGCCACGGACACGGGCUCCUCAUCCUCAGCAAAGUCGCGCCGUUCCCAUCACUCCUGAUACGAACAGACCCAGAACCGUUCGAGAAGAUGACAAAACAUUGAUUGGUUUUCAGGUGGGCUCCCCAGUCAUCAGUAUCUCUCUGGAAUUUAGACCGGCGCGAUGCCAUCCACGAUUGUUUCUUGUAGCCUGAUAUGUUGGCACGAAUGAAUCACAUGUACCAUGUA